UCCAGCUCAAAUUCGCUGUUCAUUGCUGUUGUAUGUGUCGAUCGGAUCGAUAUAUAUUCCUUAGGGUAGGAAGAAAUAGAAGAAAGGAAGUCCUCUUAUUCAUAGUUACUCUAUUUUUAGAAGCGUUAUCCGGCAACUGUUGUAUUCAAACACAAAGUACAGAGUAGAUGCUGGGGUCAAAGCAACACGCACAGCAGGCUGGAGGAACGUUUUGUUUCCACGGAUGCUGCCCGACCUGCUGAGUUCCUCCAGCGACUUGUGUUUGUACAUCCAACGCCCUCACAGACGGAACUGUGUGCAUAAUGUGACAUGAAUUCACUGGUUGCUUAUGACUCCUCAGAUUCAGAGUCAGAGAAUGGCAAACAUGAAGAAAUCAAGUAUGCUCAGGGCGAAGAUAAUUUCGCUCACUCUAACUUUGAACUUCGAUCUGUAUGUCCAUCUACCUCAAGAAUGCAAUCAUCAGGAUGUGGUCAUCAGGUAAAAAUGGCCUCAACUGGUAGCAAUGUGGAUUGCAGUUUGAAUAGUACACAGAAUCCUGUGCAGCGACACUUUGGUGUAACUUUCAGACCAGCAGUGAUGACUUUAGAUGAUGAGUCAUGCUUCCAGGUUUCUGAAGGUGUCCUUGAAAAUUCACUGGCUCUGGUGCGGAAAUCUGGCAGAACUGGAAAGAUGAUCCCCUCAGCUCAGAAAAGAUUAUUUCAAGAUUCAAUGACUGGAGCUCAAAAUAUUAAACCUUAUGUACCCAAGCGAUUAAGGGAGAAUGAAGCUGUAUGUAAUAAAAGCAACAAGCUUCAAGAAAGCAGAGACAUUUUGAACACUGGGGUAGAUUGCACUGCACCAGCAGAAUACCAGUUAGGUCUGCUAAGCAAAGUUUCAGACUUCAUAAAGCCCUAUUUGGAGAGCCAACACAAGACCUCAAAAGUCCCUAAACACUUGGUGUUUCAGAUGUCUCAGCAUAAUGGACCGGUUACCACAAUACAGUGGUGUCCAGUGGAACAACACAGCCACUUACUGCUCUCUGCCUCCAUGGAUAAGUCAAUAAAGAUAUGGGAUGCUAUUGAAACAGGCAGGUGCUUAAAGACGUACUUAGGCCAUUCAGGGGCUGUCCGUGAUGCUCAGUGGUCUUUGUGUGGAAGACAGGUUCUCAGUGGUGGAUUUGAUUCCAUGCUCCAUCUCACAGAUAUUGAAACAGGUAAACAAGUCAACAGUUUUUGUAAUGAAUUUCAAAUCACUUGCUUGGCAUUCAGUCCUACAAAUCAAAAUGUCUUCUUGAGUGGAGGUUUCAGCUCAGUAGUGAAAGCAUGGGAUACAAGAAGUUGCAAGGUGGUGAAUGAAUACAAUGCUGGAAUACAGCAAACACUCGACAUUCUUUUCCUUCCAGGAGGAAAUGAAUUUCUUACCAGUACAGAUGCUGUCAGCAGAGACUCAGCAGACCGUACAAUCAUAGCCUGGGAUUUCCAGACUUCUGCUCGAAUAUCCAAUCAAAUAUUCCAUGAACGAUACACCAUUCCAUGCAUGGCUCUCCAUCCCAAAGAACCUGUUUUUGUUGCUCAAACUAAUGGCAACUACAUGGUGCUAUUUUCUACUCAGAGACCUUACAGGAUGAACAAAAGGAAACGAUACGAAGGGCAUAAGGUGGAAGGUUAUGCAGUGGGCUGCAAAUUUUCAUGCGAUGGAACUCUAAUAGCUUCAGGAAGUUCCGACGGGACGUUAUGUUUUUACAACUAUCUGAAUUCAAAACUAGUCCAUACUCUGACUGCCCACAAGCAAGCCUGCAUUGAUGUCUCAUUUCACCCUGUGCACCCAUCUAUUAUUGCAUCUUCUGACUGGAGUGGAGAAAUCAAAUUGUGGCAGUGAUGACCAGUUAAACAACUUAGUCCUGAUGAAAGGUCUCGGCCCGAAACGUCGACAGUGCUUCUUCCUAUGGAUGCUGCCUGGCCUGCUGUGUUCCACCAGCAUUUUGUGUGUGUUGCUUCAAUUUCCAGCAUCUGCAGAUUUCCUCGUGUUUGCUGGAAGAUAAUUUUAUGCUUCUCUGAUUAUGUUAUUCAAUAUCCUUUGAUGCUGAAAGACUGAUGAUCAAUCGAUAAGAAGAACUAUCUACUUGCUGGAGUCAGCAGUGGUUCAAGGCAGUAAUGUUUGUGAUGAGAUAUAUUUUAGGAAGUCGAUUAAAAUUAAUGUUGGCUGCCAUCUUCAAUAAUUAAAAAAUUUAUAAAAUGGAAUGUGUUAAAAAUUACUUCACUUGAAGAAGGAAUUAAAGUUGUUUCCUUCAGUCAUUCUCCAAGUACUGAUCAAAUGAAGUCCAGCUGUGUCAUUCAUUUCUAUUUCGAUGAAUAACUUUUGAAUUUCCUGUUGUAUACAGAAAUUGUUCUGCAAUAUGAAGACAUUUAGACACUAUGUUAGAGUUGGACAUCAUAAUUCAAAAUCAGCAUCAACUUAGUUCAAUCAUUUUAAAACAACAUUGCUUGGAAUCAGUAAAACUUUAGUACUUCCAGCAUUUUAAACAGUGAUUUAAUAUGACUUAGGAACUCCCUUGGGAUCAUUUGUAUUGGGAUACAAGCAAAUGUCAGGAAUAAAGCUACAUGAUUGGCAAUCCAGAGAGUCAGCAGAGAUUCAGUGGGUUAAAUUGCAUUUUUCUGUGACAUAAAACUUUUGAUGGUGUACUUUUUCAAAAAUUUGCUGAAAUUGACUAUCUUUAGGUGAAAAAGUGUAAAAACUUGUGGAAAAUUGCUUUAAAUGUUCUUUCAGAUUUGGUUUAUGUUUUCUGUGGGGAGGAAAAAAGUAAAUGUUUGUGUUCUAAUGAAUAAUAAAAAAUAAUUUAAAGAUAUAAUUCAUAAAAAUUCCAUUUGUAUAUA